GCGACGAAAACAGCAACUCCUAAUUAUAUAACUUGGCCUAUCAAACGUCAGAGCGAUGUUGUUGCAACAAUACAGGAAGAUCCGUUUUUCUAUUGUUUUUAUUUCCUGAAGUGAACGUCUUUGAAGUGCAAGCAAAGGUUCCAGAAGAAACCGUCCUGCCGUUCCACCAUGGCGCACUGGUUUCACCGAAACCCACUGAAGGCCACCGCGCCCGUCUCCUUCAACUUCUAUGGAGUGGCUGCGAGUCCGGCAGCAAACAAGAUCUGCAAUGACUUGAAGAUGACCAGAGCACGACUUCUGGAGAUGUUCACGGACCUGACGUGUACCCCCGAGAUAAUGAAGAACGCUACAGAUGCCUACUUCUCCCUCCUGCAAGGUUUCAUCGCAUCCCUGGACGGAACCACUCAGGAGAACAAGAUGCGGUUCUUUCAGAACUUCAAGUGGACCGACACCUUGCAGGGGAACACACCCAGUGCUCAGCAGGACGCAGUGUUUGAGCUGUGCUCCAUGGGCUUCAAUGUGGCCUUGUGGCACACCAAGUUCGCCUCCCGCCUCACCGGGAAAGAAAACAUAACAGAACCCGAGGCGAAAGAGGUCCACAAAAGCCUAAAAACUGCAGCCGGGAUUUUCAAACACCUGAAGGAUGCCUAUAUCCCGCGCCUCAUCACCCCGGCAGAGAAGGGCAGAGACCUGGAGACUCGAGUCAUCGACACCUUCAUCGUACAGUGCCAGGCCGAGGCCCAGGAGGUGACCAUCGCCCGGGCGAUUGAGCUGAAGCAUAAUGCCAGUCUGAUCGCGGCCCUGGCUUUCGAGACGGCAAACUUCUACCAGAAGGCCGACCACACCCUGAACACCCUGGAGCCGGACUACAGCGGCAAGUGGAGGAAAUAUCUGCAGCUGAAGCAGCACUUCUACAUGGCCUACGCGUACUGCUAUCAUGGACAGACUCUGCUGGCCAGCGACAAGUGUGGAGAGGCCAUCCGAUCCCUACAGGAGGCUGAGAAGUGUUACUCCAGAGCAGAGGCCCUGUGUAAGGAGUACAGACAGACGAAGGGCCCGGGCAGCACAGCCAAGCCCUCUGAGCAGGUCUUCUUCCUCAAGCUGGGCGGCCUGAUCAAGAACACCCUGGAGAAGUGCCAGAGGGAGAACGGCUUCAUUUAUUUCCACAAGGUUCCGGCUGAGGCCCCCCAGCUGGAGCUGAAGGCCAGCUAUGGCCUGGCUGAGCCAAUCGCCUUCGAGUUCCCCCCCCUCAGCGACCAGUGCACCCCCCAGACCUACUCCACCUUCGAUCUGACCAGGGGGUCCAAGGAUGACAAGGCCAAGCCGAAGCAGGAGGAGGAGGUGAAGCCAGUGAAGGAGCCAGAUCUGAAGCCGCAGAAGGAUACAGGCUGUGCCAUCUCCUAAACGCCCUGCGGAAACCCCCCUGCGGGAGACCCCCCCGCAUAAACCCCCCCCGCGGGAGACCCGCAACCCGCCUUCCGCAAAUAUCUCACACUCAUGUGGUUUUGAUUUUUUAAACUUAAUAUAAGCCUUCAUUUUUUUUCACCAUAGAUUUGAAACACAAAAAAGAAAAUCCAAAGUGUAGAUUGAAGAGAUGUGUAAGAUGUGGUUGUGGCUCUGUUCUUGCAGUGGAGUCACAUGUCUGGGUUUAUGGGUAGAACCACAGUAACAGGGUUUGGGAUGCGUCCACUGGACCGGGGGCUACAGCACGGGAUCAUCCCCAUAGGACGGGAUCAUCCCCAUAGGACGGGAUCAUCCCCAUAGGACGGGAUCAUCUCAGACGCACAGUUAAUGCAAGUCCGUUUGGCAAUCAGUAAAGCUUAGAGUUGAGAGAAAAUGAUCCCACUAACUUGAUUAUAUGUUUAUUUUUUUUAAAGAUGCAGAGGAACAUAGGUGUUUCAUUCUUUUCUCUUUAGAUUAUGAUAAUCUUGGCCAUUUAUAUAUUUUGUUUCAUACAUAACUAAUUACGGUUUUGAGUUUCUUCAUAAUCUUGGUAUACUUUUCUGGAAGAUUUUUUAGUUGAUUUUUCAACAAUUAAUUUAGAAAGGCUCCUGUAUUUGAGCCAUUUUUUUCAUUGUAGAAUUGUUUAUUUAUUAUUCUUAUACAAACAUUUGAUUUUAUAUUAUUGUGUAACCAUUUAUGACCAGCUGCAGUGCCCCAUAAUUAAUACUCAAACUGUGUGACGGACUUUCUGUGAGCAACACUCACUCUGCCCGUGUUUUUAUUGUAAGUCAUUGUGAAACUGAAAUGCUGCCCCCCUCCCCCCUUGGCUGUAUGAUAUUCAUAUGUUUACGUUUCAUGCUGUGGGUUUCUGGGGAACAUACUUUGCUGAAAUAUUUCUUCUCCACAAGUGGAAAUCUUAUCCUCAGUCUGAGAGCCGAGUCCGGGAGAUUGUGUUAUGGUGGGAAAGCCUGUCGGUUUGGAGGGCAGGGAUUGGUUGCUGAGACUAAACGUGUCACAGGCAUCGACAAUGGGAGUGGUCCUGGGUGUAGCCACAAUAAGAUCCGCACAGCCGUUGGGCCCUUGAGCAAGGCCCUUAACCCUGCACUGCUCCAGGGGAGGAUUGUCUCCUGCUUAGUCUAAUCAACUGUACGUCGCUCUGGAUAAGAGCCAAUAAUGUAAUGUAAUGUAAUGUCCUGGGAGAACAUUAUGGGUGGAGUCACGUGUUAUAGGUUGCUUCAGACCAUGUGCUUUGUGAUGUCACACCCAUUCCUGAAAAUGAUCCAAUUGGAGCACACUAAAAUUGCACAGUAAAAGUAUACUGUGAUAUACAAUCUGACGUCCAGACCCACAGCCAGGCAGUCCCCCACACGAUGGUGUGACAGGGCAGUUUAUUACAGAUCUACACCUUUAAAUCCAGAUGAUUCAUACAGUACAUUGUCAUAACCGUAGGUUUUGAGCGCCAUGGUCAUUCAGAAGGAUCUCUGUACACACUCUUUUUGUUUUGAAAUAUGAAGUCAUCGAUGCCCUUUGGUGAUGUGUUUUAAAAGCGUUCAGCGUUGAGUCCAUUUUUGGACUGAAAUUGAAGUCGCAUCCUGAACAAUGCCUUACCCAGCCCCUUUACAGUGUUAAAUGAUAGUACUUCUGUGUAACAAGAUAAAUAAACAUUUAUAGUAGCCAUUCUAAUUUGAAAAAGUAUAUAUGUGUAGAAAUAAUAGUUAGUAUUAAUCUACUCAAGAGUUUUAUCUUGGGAGACAUGGAUUUGCUUGUCUCAAGAGUUCAGAUUGUAUUACAUUACCCAAAAUCGUGCCCCUGGCAAUAUUUAAAAACUGUCUGGUAAUUAAUAAAAUGACCCUAAGAAUGUCUAGGCAACACUUUUUAGACCAACUGGGUGGUUCCCAGUCAACUUUGUCCAAUAAAACCUGUUCUUACUUUUUUCCCCCCAUUACUACCAACUAAAUAUGAAUAUCGUAUGCUGUAUUACAAUGCUGUAUACAUAAAUAAAACAUUAUGCAUCAUAAAA